UAUGUAAGCCUCGUUCUUGCCACUUAAUAUUAAUGAGUAAUUAGGCCUUAAUGCAAACUCAAAUGCAUAUAUAUGAUUAUGAACUCGCCAUUCGAUUCGAGGACUCCAAAACUUAACGCGCGGAACGACGCUUUACACUUGGUCUGAACAAUAGUAACCUAACCCACCCUUUCUCCCAAACAAACACGACGACAUCAUCUUGUCACCUUAUAAAAAGAACACACAUUUCCCCCUUUUCUCCCAGACACACUCUGACACGCGCGGCGCAUUCUACAUUCUCUAUCUCUCAGCCAUGGACUUUGUCUUUGUCUCCGACAACGAUUUCCCCAACCUUGACAUCAUUCCUCAUACCCUCAACAACUCUUGUUUUUGCUCUCCUCAUCUAAACGACACUCACAAAAUAAUGGAGAUUUCACCAUUAAAGGGUUAUUUCUCCCACCUUGAUUGGACACCACAGUCGCCAUAUCCAAGCAAUGAGCUUCCGGAUUUGGAAAGUUGGAACCUCGAUUUCAUCCUCCCACCCCUUGAUGAAGAUUUGGAGGAGUUGGACCAAAAGCAAUUGAAAAGUGUUGUUCCCCAAGGGUUUCAUUGCAAUCAGGAAAAGGGUUUUGGGGAUGCUUUAUUGGCCACUGAAAAUGUUUCUGCCACUUGUGUGAAGAAAGAGAAAGUGCAGAUUAUUGAUCAGAGUCCUCUAGCUAGUAGCAGCAGUACGAAGAAGAGGCCAUGUGCUUUGGAAUUUGAGGAAAUAAGCAAGUAUUUUGGCGUUCCCAUAAAUGAAGCUGCCAAGCAAAUGAAUGUUGGGGUAACCAUGUUGAAGAAAAGGUGCAGGGAGCUCAACAUCAUGAGAUGGCCUCGUAGGAAAAUCAAGAGCUUGCAAAUGGUCAUCGACAGUGUUAAGGAAAUGGGUUUGGAAGACGAGGUUGCUAGGUUGGAGGAGCAUAAAAAGUUGUUGGAAAAAUUACCAGGACUGGAACUAAGUGAAGAAGCCAAGAAGCUGAGGCAUGCUUGUUUUAAAGCUAAUUACAAAAAGAAAAGGUGCAUGGCACUCCAAGCUUGACUUUCCUGAAAUUUGCGGUUGAACAAAAGAUAUAGGAGUAUAUAGAAAUUAGAAAACUUACCAUAUAAAAUAGGAUAGGAAAAGACUCUAGUAGGUAUAUCUUACUAUCUUAGGAUAAUAUUGUGAAUUAGGAAACUAAUUUGACUGCACAACACGUUAUUUCGUGUGACUUCAGUCGGAGUAGAAUGUAAUGAGUUUUUUUCUCCUGUUAUAUUUUGCUAAUACUUACAAUCUUACUUUUGGAACCUAUGAUAUGUCAUUGUGAAAUAACGUCCA